UACAUUAAAAUACUAAAAAGUCAAAAUUUUCAGAGCCCAAACCCAAGCAGCCAAAUAUUUAUAAAAUAUCUGUUACCUUAGGAUAUUUUUCAAGAAAAUGUAUAAAAUUCAACUAAUAAAGAGCUGAAGAAAAAAAACAAGCCAAUCAGUCUUUAUUGAGUUCUCAUGUGACUUCUGUCUCACUCCAAUCCAAGAAAGUGACAACACUAACAGAAAAAUACUAAAAACUUACCAACAGAAUAAGCCAUUUUUUCCAAACAAGACCAAAGACUCGAUCUUUCACACGCACAAAAAAAAGCAUAACUUUACCAAGUUACAACUAUGAUCAAAUAGCUCAUGUCAUCACCAACCGCCUUCAUAUGACAAAAUUCUAACAGCAACAUCAACAAUUACGUCUCAAUCUCAAACUAGUCGAGAUCACAAAUUCAAUUUCGAAUUGAAAACAUAUAAACGAAAUACAUACAUAGAUAGAUAGUUACCUUUCCAUUUCCUUCAUGUGUGGAUCCAGGAAGAAGUUGAGCAAUCAAGUUAUAGAAUCAACCCAUAAACCAAGAAAAUCUUCUUCAUCCUCCAAGAAUUCAAGCUCACCGAUGAAAAAGUUAUCGUCUUUAAACGACCAUCAUCAUCAAUCAUCGCCGUCGAGAAGCCAUAAUUUGAUCUCCCCGAAUGGAUCAACAGAAAGUUUCAUACUGAAAAACUUACAAAACUCGCAAUCAUGGGCAUCAUCAUCAAAGUCAAGUCAUCAUUCAUUAUCAAGCCUGAAAGGUGUAUUAUUCCCUGAACAACCACAUAUAUACAAUUUCAAUGAAAUUCGUUCCGCUACUCAAAACUUCCUAAAAAAUCCACUUUCGUCUUCAUCAAAAUCAACAUCCUGGCGUUGUGAUCUUCGCGGUCAAGAUGUCGUUGUUAUACAACGAAAAUUCAGACGAUAUAUGGAUACUGAUGAGCUUGUUGAUCAAGUAGCUAUGAUAUGCAGAAGCCAUCAUUCUAGCUUAAUUCCACUUAAAGGAGCUUCAGUUUCUGGGAAUUAUAUAUAUUUAGUGUAUGAAUAUACACAAGGUGUUAAUUUAUCUGAAGCUUUGAGGAAUCGGAGAAACCCUAAUUUCACAGUUCUAUCGAAUUGGUUAUCGAGGAUUCAAAUUGCUUCGGAUGUUGCUCAUGGAUUGGAUUAUAUUCAUCAUUCUACUGGAUUAGGGUUAGGGUUUGUACAUAAUCAUAUAAAAAGUAGUAGCAUUAUUGUUACUGAACCUUCGUUGAAUGCGAAGAUUUGUCAUUUCGGUACGGCGGAGCUUUGCGGCGAGACGAGGAUCCAGAUUCAGGAUCCGAAUAGUGAAAACGGGUCGAAAAAGUCGGAGAUUCAGGAUCUGAGUAGUGAAAACGGGUUGAAAAAGUUGCCGGAGCUGAAGAGAAGCGGAAGUAAAGGAGUGAAAUUGGAAGGAACGAGAGGGUAUAUGGCGCCGGAAUUUCAGUGGACGGGAACAGCGACGGUGAAGAGUGACGUGUACGCCUUCGGCGUGGUGGUAUUGGAGUUAAUCUCCGGUAAAGAGGCGAUGAAAUACGAAUUCGAUGAACAAACUGGCGGUUAUAUUAGGGUUUCGGUGAUUGAGACGGCGGCGAAGGCGACGGCGGAAGGCGUCGGCGGCGGAGGGUUAAGGGGCUGGGUGGAUAAGCGGUUGAAGGAUUCGUACCCGGUGGAAGUGGCGGAGAAAUUGAUUCGGGUCGGGUUAGAAUGUGUGGAGACUAACCCGAAUAAUAGACCGGAUAUGGGUCGGGUUGCGGGUCGGGUUUCGCAAUUGUAUUUAGAAUCGAAAGUCUGGGCUGACAAGUUUGCUCCACUCACUGAUUUUACUGUUUCUUUGGCACCUCGAUAGUAAUUUUUUUGUUUUUUUGAUAUCUUUAUUUUUUAUUUCAUUUUUUUAAUAAGAGGAAUUUUGGAAUAUUGAAUACAUUAAACAUACUUUAAAUUGUAAAUGAAACAAGAUUACUUUUAGAAAAA